AUGGGUGAUUUAGCGAGGGUUGUCAAAGGCUCUCUUCAUGGAGAGCUCGGUCAGGUGAUAUCCACUGACCAUACUUCUGGGACCGUCAUGUUGGAAUCCGCCUUCGAUGGAUGUCUCAAAGAGAUAGACAUUUGUCUUCAGGACACAGAACAUGUCUUUCAAGUCGGUGAUACUGUGAAAGUUGUAGCUGGUUCAUACUUGGGUUUGCAAGGGCACAUUGUGCAAAUGUGCAAGGACACAUUUGUUGUCUGUCAAUAUGCUAUGAACCAUCAGGUGGAAGUAUCAAAAUACUACUUGGAUCAGCGUCUGUUGGAUCACAUAGUACAAUCACAGCCUCAAACACAGCAACAUUUCGAACCCCCCCAGUCAGACUCUAUUGAAAUAGGUGAUUUCAUAGAAGUCCUGGUAGGAGAGCAUAUAGGCAAAUGUGGCAUCAUUGACUGGUUUUCUAAGGGAGACACCAAACUCUGUGGCAGAUUGUCGAGAACCUCAGUUCCCAUAGCAGCAGUUCAGCGAACGAAACUCACCCAGACACUCAAAUUCACAAAGGAAAAGGGAUAUGAUGUCAAACCUGGAGACAUCGUGACUGUCGCCCAUGGCCCAGAGUAUGAGGCGAAAGGGGUCAUUCAAAGUGUAGACUUCCCAAACGCUCAUUUGACCUUACUAUGUGACGGUGAUCACACACUGAUCAAUGUUCCAAUUGGAUUUGUUGUGAAAGAAAUCGGACAAGAAGUUUUCAUUGUUGGAGGUGGCCAAAAGGGCUACUGGGUGACGCUCUACGGUCUUGGCCCUGACUUGUGCACCAUUGCUCUGCAUGGGCAGAAGCACAUCACACUAAAAAACUGCAACAUUGUCAUGAGGUUCACGGCUUCCAGGUAUGGCAAGAGGUUAAACGGGGCGAUGCUCGAAGGCUUGGAGUUGAUUUCCUUCUGCGACUUGCGGAAACGAUUGUACUUGGCGCCUCCACCCCAACUCCAAAGUAUCACUCCACCUAUCGAAAAAGUUCCUUCCAGCUCGUUGGCUUCCAUCACAGACUCCGUUCCCUCAUCAUCCAGCAUGUGGUCCACCUGGUCUGCAAGCACGGAAGGUGCUGAUGUAGCGCACGGCUCUUCGUCGAGCGUCAAUCCCAACUCUGAGUCAUCGACAUCCGACCCUCAGACUGUCAGCGAGUUAGACGUCCAAGACAGCCCACUAGCUUGGUUGAUGACCAGGGAGUUCUCUUCGACAUUCUUCAAAUAUCACAUGAUGUUGAAGGUUUCACCAAUCUUUGAUGUAUCAUUGUCUAGGCGAUUCGUAUCCAUGCCUUGUCCCGACCCUUUCUGCGGCAAGAAUGGACCCACACCAGAAGGAUGCAUUGCGGCAUACUGCACAUCCAACAAUGCAGGUGCCAUACUCAAACAUUAUCAUAUCCCAGCCAUUCACCUGAGUCCUGCCCCUCCGUGUAAGAAAAAUCAAGAGUGCCUUAUUCUGGACGGACCUCAUCGUGGGCUCAUCCAAAGUGUGGCGAAGUGCAGCAUCAAGCACAGUUCUGCGGAGUUUAAGAUUAUGCCUACUGUCACUGUAAUUCUACAUUUCGAUCAGAUAUGUCUGGUAGAACUGAUGUCAUAG